AGGGGGGAGGCGCACUUUUGGCGCCCUCUCUUUGAAACUCCAUUCGACAAGUCUCCGGCAAGUUCAUAUAAAGCACCUGUCCCUCCAAGUCUCGUAUUAUUCUCAAGCGAGACUCCGCUCCGCCUAUAACGGCAGCUAGCCUAAGCUAACUCAUAUCGUACUUAAGUAUAUUUUCAAUAUGUCUAGUGAAAAAUACAUUUUUAUCGCGUCGGUGUGCGUGGUGGCGAUAUUCGUCAGCAGAUCAACGGCAGGACCGGCGCCAAAGGUUGUCAACAUUGAGGACGUCCUAAACCGGACUGUCUGUCCUUUCAAAGUGGAUAUCGACAUAAACGAGGAUCGAGUGCCGCGCCGGAUAAAAAUGAUCCGCUGCGCUGAACAACCCAACCACUGGUGCAGGGCGAACGCGAUCCCCGACCACGAGUGCUGCCAUCACAAGCACUCCAACCACGAGAUGGAAUGUGUGGAGGUGCGGGACAAGGCGCUAGUCUACUACAAGAGCUCAGAUCGGACGGACUACAUGGACGUGACAGUGGGCUGCACCUGUAUGAUAGGGUCGGUGAACACAGUGCACGCGGGAUCAUAGGGCCUCCGCCGCGGCCGGCGCCGUCACCGCCGCUGCCGCGCUCGGCACAUGGUACACAGUUCCUAUUCGCACCCUCGCAAAUGCGGUCGGCGACAUAAGACUAAAAAAUUGGUGACAAAAUCAUGAAAACAGUGCGCAUCAGUGAAUGAUAAAUAGGGUAGUGACAAUGAAUCCACCUUCUUUAAAUAAUAUUUAAAAUGUAAAUGAAAGCGCAAUGUGAAUGAUUGAAUGUGAUUGAUUUAUUUUCGUGUUUUUUCAGAAUGUCUUUGUAAGUUUGAUUUAAUGACCGCUGUGAAACGAUAAUUUUUUUUUUGAGUAUUGGAAUUGUAUACAGGGUGGC